AUGAAAUUAUGGCUCCUUUUGAUAUGCGUUGUGGUUGCCUUGAAUCCAGUAACUGACUUCCGCGUCUUGGACAUGGACAAGGCUCUAGUUAACUCCAAGAAAAUCUCUGGGAGGACAUUGGAAACCUACCCUGGAAAAGGUCUUCUUCAUACCAAAGCUGGGUCUUCGAACGCUACUGUCAAUCUGGACUCCUUGAUCAUUCCUCUCAAAACAGACAAGUACAAGUCAAUCUACUGGGUAGAUGUGUCUGUGAACCAGGUUGCGGCUACAAACAACCAAACUUUUCCUUUGCUUCUUGACACGGGCAGCGCCAUUGCCUGGAUUGCAAACAGCUCAUGUCUGUCUGAUGGAUGUAGCAGAGCCCCCAAAUUCUUUUACUCAACUGUCACGCCGACUGAGUUCUCGCUCGACUAUUCGUCUGGGAAGAUCUCGGGACUGUUAGUUGAUGCCCCCAAAAGUAAUAUCACCUACACCAUCAACCAUAGCUUGGUUGUAAACAACUUUACAUGUGGCCUUGCAGGCUCUGUACCCUCAUUUUUCUCGAAUUACAAUAUCAGUGGAAUAUUGGGGCUCUCUGCAAACGCAUCUCUUGAAAGAGGUACGAAUCUCUUGAGUCAAUUGCGUCUUGAAAAGGCCGUUGACUCGGCCAAAUUUGCGAUCAUUUUGGGUUCUCCAGAUAAUGUGAACUCUUCAUUUGGCGGCCUCUUGGCUCUUGGCCAAAUGGCUGACAAAUACGCUACGUCUUUGGCUCAGCUGCCCAUUCAAUCUAGACCAGUUGUGCCCAAUAUCUCUGGCUACUGGAUGGUCAAAGUUACACUGGUAUCUGCGGUCUCUUCUACAGGGACAAAUUCGACUUUCAAUGGUGCCGUAGCUGCCGUCUUCGAUACUGGAACUACUGGCUUAGCAUUGCCCCUCGCAGAUGCCACUGCGAUGCAUCAAAUGCUCUUUGGUAAUCUGUUUGUCGCGGAUAACCAAGGAAAUUAUGCAUUCCCAUGUAAUGCUACCGGCUCAAUUAAGUUUAAUCUCGAUGGCCUUAUUCUUGACCUAUCUGUCGACCUGAUUAGAGCCGACGAAUACACGACAGCAGGCUUACAAGGUAUGUGCUCAUCUAAAAUGCAAGGCUUGGGCAGCACGCCAAACUGGGUGCUCGGCGCAAGCUUUCUCAAAAAUUACUACACCGUGUUUGAUGUCGAUCAUCAAAGCAUUGGCUUUUCUCCACGCGUAUCUCUGUACUCUUACAUUGCAAAUGAGAAUGCCAACAGCUCCAGUAUCUCCGGUGGAGGCUCAUCAUCUAAAACAUCCAGUGCCGUUGUUUCUUCAUCUUCAUCUUCAUCUCAAAAAUCAAGCACAAGCACCAGAGCUGCAGGAAGCGCCAGCUUCAAUUCAAUUUUAAGUCCUUGGACUUUGCUCUUGUUCCUCAUCAGCAUCAUAUAA